AUGGGAAUCGACAUUGAGCACCACCACGUCAAGAAGGGUAACCGCUCGGCGCCCAAGUCGGAGGACCCGUACCUCCUCCUCCUUGUCAAGCUUUACCGCUUCCUCGCCCGCCGCACCGACUCGCGCUUCAACAAGGUCGUGCUCCGCCGCCUGUACAUGAGCAAGACGAACCGCCCGCCGGUCUCGAUCUCGCGCAUCGCCCGCCAGGUCUCCAAGUCGGGCAAGGCCAUCGCCGCCGACAACACGGUCGUCGUCGUCGGCACCAUCACGGACGACGUCCGCCUCAACGAGGUCCCCAAGCUGUCGGUCGCCGCCCUGCGCUUCACCCGCACCGCACGCGCCCGCAUCGAGAAGGCCGGCGGCGAGUGCCUCACGCUCGACCAGCUCGCCCUCCGCAAGCCCACCGGCGCCAACACGCUCCUCCUCCGCGGCAAGAAGACUGCCCGCGAGGCCAACAAGCACUUUGGCUCGGGUGUCACGCACGCGAAGCCUUACGUCCUUAGCGGCGGUAAGAGGGAGGAGAUCGGUCGCGGUCGCCGCAAGUCGCGUGGCUUCAAGCUCUAA